AUGUCUCACACAGCCCUCCGUCUCACUGCUCGCGACUCUUGGAACAGUAUCCAAGAAUUCAAAGAGCCUCGUCCGACAGUUGGCAAACAUGAACUCCUCAUCAAAGUCCGCAGCGUGGCUCUCAACUACAGAGACAUUGCGAUCUCCACCAGCAAGUACCCCUUCCCUGUAAGGGAUCAGGUCGUCCCGGGAUCCGAUGCUGCUGGUGAUGUCGUUGAAGUUGGCGAAGGAGUCAUCACAUUUGUGCCGGGGGAUAAAGUCGUGGUUGCUUUUGACCCUGCCACUUUGUACGGACCUAUGAAGUCCUGGCAGACUGGAUUGGGUGGUCCGGUCGACGGUGUGCUAAGAGAGUAUAUUGCUGUUCCAGCACAGAGUGUUGUGAAGAUUCCCGAGUCGUCUACUCUUAGCUAUGCCCAGUGGGCUAGUGUUGUCUGCACGGGUGUGACGGCUUGGAAUUCUCUUUAUGGAAAUCUGCCUUUGAAGCCAGGCCAGACUGUUCUUUUCCAGGGCACUGGGGGAGUGUCAAUUACCGGCCUUGUCUUAGCGAAAGCUGCGGGUGCGACUACCAUUAUCACAUCAUCUUCCGACGAGAAACUACGCUACGUCAAGGAAAAAUACCAGGUCGACCACGUCAUCAACUACAAAAAGACUCCCGACUGGGCAAGCGAGGUCCAAAAAAUCACCGGCGGCCAAGGCGUUGAUUAUAUCCUCGAGAAUGGCGGUUCAGGCACAAUCAAACAAUCUCUGAGCGCCAUCGCGUACGGAGGAAUCAUUUCCGUCAUUGGAUUCUUGUCUGCUGCACCCCAGGAGGAAAUGCCCGAUGUUGCUGGCCUCGCCUUGGGCAAGGGCGCUAACGUCCGUGGCAUCAUGAUCGGAUCGAAGCAGAUGCUGGAGGACGCGGUUCGCUUCAUUGGUAGUCAUAAUCUGCAACUUCCGGUGGAGAAGACUUUCAACUUCAGUCGUGAUGAGGUGAUUGAGGCUCUUGAGUACAUGACCAGUGGUCAGCACAUCGGGAAGAUCUGCAUCAACCUUUAA